CAUAGCUGGCUGCAAAAGAAAUCUUUUGCACAGAGAAAACUUUUGCACUUUCGGAAUUCAGCAGGAAUAUCAUAACCAUUUAUGGAAGCAACAACUCUUGUGACCCAUUUCAUCUAAAAUCUUAAUCUCAUAAAUUUUACAUUUCAGAAUUCAAAAAUCACGUAAUUUUUUUUUUUGGUAUGUUACUUGAACCCAGUUCAUAACUGACCCUGAAAUUCAAGAAUUUGGAGCAAAGUUAGCAGCUUUUGUUGUUCAAAAAUCAUGGCGUGGUACAGAAAUUCAAGGUUUGUCUACAAUGCUUUAAAACUCAACUUGCGUUCCAAAACAUUUGGUACUAUUCCAACUCCAAGAGUUCAUUCGAAUUCCUCAUCUUUGUUUUACAAUCAAUCUACUAAUAAGUGUAGUGGGUUAUUUGGGUCUGCAAAAUCUGGGUAUUUUAAUGGGUUUAAACAUCAUCAAGAGAUUAGCUCUUUCUCUGGUUUUGCAAGGAGAAAUUAUCAUGGUGAUAAAACCGAAGUAAGUGUUGAAUCAUGGCUGGAAAAAUUCCUUGUUCCAAUUGGACUAAUCUUGACUUUUGGUAUACUUGGUUACCAUGUGCACCCAGUAGUUGUGCCAUAUACAGGAAGGAAGCAUUAUGUGCUUAUGUCAACAACUCGUGAGAAUGAAAUUGGAGAAGUUGAGAAGCGGAAAAUACAACCUGCUACACACCCUGAUACUGAUAGGGUUAGGUCAAUAUUCCAACACAUUCUUGAAUCACUGGAAAGAGAGAUUAAUCACCAUGAACUCGAACUCGAAAGAGAUGAAACUUUCAAGGAGAAAACCAUUUGGAAGGAGGAGACAGUUGAUGAUAAAGAUAGUAGGAAGAAGCAUAGUGGGGCUAAGAUAACUACUAACCAUUUGGAAGGGAUGAAUUGGGAAAUUUUCGUUGUUGAUAAACCGUUGGUUGAGUCCAGUUAUUUAUUAGGUGGGAAGAUUGUUGUUUACACCGGAUUGCUCAACCAUUGCAACUCUGAUGCUGAAUUGGCUACAAUUAUCGCGCAUCAGGUUGGGCAUGCUGUGGCUCGACAUGAGGCAGAGGAUUCGACAGCAUUUUUCUGGUUGUUAAUAUCCCUCAACGUGAUAUUAUUUAAAAUUCUAUUUACUGAGCCUGAAUUUGCCAAUGCAAGAUCAAAACUACUCUUAAGGCAUCCUCUCUUGCAAAAAGUUUGGAAGAUUAUUCAGGCUAGCUCACAAUUACUGCCACGAACUAUCUGCUUGUCCUUGUUGGAUUGUUUCCCGGUGUUUAUUCUUUAUUAUGGUCGGAAGGAAAUAGAAGCAGAUCACAUUGGAGUGCUUCUGAUGGCUUCUGCUGGAUACGACCCGCGAGUUGCACCUCAAGUAUAUGACAAGCUUGCAAAGCCACUGGGCGACUGGAACUGUUUAGCAACUCAUCCAUUUGCAAGAAUGAGAGCAAAGUUGUUAGCUCGAGCUGAUGUUAUGAAGGAAGCAGAUAAGAUAUACAAUGAAGUUGUAGCAGGACGUGCAAUUCAAGGUCUUCAGUAACCAUUUACCAACCAGCAUCUUCUUUUAGCAGCUUCGCCUGUUUAUGAAUUGUGGUAAUCAAAAUUAAACAGCUCAUGAUCAUUAUAUUGUCGUUAU